UGUGCGUUUGUAUGGAAAUUUUCCAAACAGCUCUUUUCAAACUUUUGAAUGACAUUGACAAAAUAAGAAAACAUUGGGAAAGCAUGACGGACGAGGAGCCACAAAACACAGUUUCUACUGAAGAUGUGGAGGAAGAAAAGACAACAUUCCAGUCUCUGGGUAUUGUUGAUGCCCUGUGUGAAGCUUGUGAGCAAUUGAAAUGGAAAACACCAACAAAAAUUCAGAAGGAAGCUAUUCCAGUUGCCCUUCAAGGGUCGGAUGUCAUUGGCCUAGCAGAGACUGGUUCUGGAAAAACAGGAGCAUUUGCUCUACCCAUUUUACAGACCCUUCUUGAUAAGCCGCAAAGACUUUAUGCACUUGUUCUUACUCCAACAAGAGAGCUGGCAUUUCAAAUAUCAGAGCAGUUUGAGGCUUUAGGGGCAUCAAUUGGAAUCAAAUGUGCUGUGGUUGUUGGUGGAAUUGAUAUGAUGACCCAGUCAUUAAUGCUAGCAAAGAAACCACAUAUUGUGAUUGCCACCCCAGGAAGACUGGUGGACCAUUUAGAAAACACUAAAGGUUUCAAUCUGAGGUCUCUUAGGUAUUUGGUCAUGGAUGAAGCUGACAGAAUUCUGAAUAUGGAUUUUGAACAAGAGGUUGACAAAAUUCUGAAGGUCAUACCAAGAGAAAGGAACACUCUUUUGUUUUCUGCAACAAUGACCAAAAAGGUGGCAAAGUUACAAAGGGCAUCUUUGCAAAAUCCAGUGAAAGUAGAGGUCUCGUCCAAAUACCAGACUGUGGAUAAACUACAGCAGUACUAUCUGUUCAUACCCGUGAAAUACAAGGAUGUUUACUUGGUGUAUAUUUUGAAUGAACUGGCUGGCAACUCGUUCAUGGUGUUCUGCAGUACUUGUGCAAACACUCAGAGAGUUGCCCUGAUGCUACGUAACCUUGGACUUACUGCUAUACCACUUCAUGGACAGAUGAGUCAGUCCAAAAGACUCGGAGCUUUGAAUAAAUUCAAAAGUAAAAACCGGUCAAUCCUUAUUGCAACUGAUGUUGCUAGCAGAGGUCUUGAUAUUCCACAUGUUGAUGUUGUUUUGAACUUGGAUAUUCCCACACAUUCAAAGGACUACAUCCAUAGAGUGGGGAGAACGGCUAGAGCCGGACGAUCAGGGGUGGCCAUCACCUUUGUGUCACAGUAUGAUGUUGAGCUUUACCAGAGAAUUGAGCACUUGAUUGGUAAAAAGCUGCCUCUGUAUAAAACUGAGGAAGAGGAAGUCAUGCAGCUAAUGGAGAGAGUAACAGAGGCACAGAGAUAUGCCAAAAUGGAAAUGAAUGAAAGUGAGCGUGGAAGAAAGAAGCGCAGGAAUGAUGAAGAUGAUGAUGCUGACGACACAGAAGAGUCCUUGGAUGUCUCAGAUGAUACACCUGAAACUAACCCGUUAUUACGUUACCAUGACAUGCCUGAUUUUAAUAUACCACCAGACAAAGUUAUUACUGGGACAGCAAAACUUUCACAGGACUAUGAAGUAGCACUUCUUCAACAUUUAAAACAUCUGCAAGACUCUACAGAACCACCUACAUUUGAAUCUGUGAUAGAUCCCCUGGAGAAUGCCCGUGUGCCACUGUAUUACAGCCUUUACACAGGCAGACAACUAGGCUCAGGGAAAGCUGGAAGAUACUUUGAUGCAUAUAAGAAGACUAUAGACAUAGCAGGACAGGUAGAAUCAGAGAGAUGGUAUGGGAAUAGUCUCUAUAAGGCAUUGUUGAGUGUAAGAAACAGUGGAAAUCUGACAGAAGUUCAGUCCCGUUUAGUGGACCUUUACCUCUGUGAAUUCAUACGGAAUGGGGCUGAAAUGAAAGAAUCACAAAAGAAGGAGCUUUCUGUUGUUAUACAGAAGAUAACAGAAGAACAAAAGAAAUAUAAGAGAAACCUGGACACAGCAUACAGUAUGGCUUUACGUAAGGUUGAUGAGGGACAUAUUGCUGGUAUCCCUGUUCAGAUUCUUCAGUACAUGGUGCCUCCAGGCUCUGAUCCAAGGAAGGGUCCCUGGAGGAUAGUUCCCCACCCCAUGGUUUAUGAGGGUAUCUUAAGGUACAGUCGGAUGGCUUCACUUCGCAGAGACACCUGGAUAAAAAUGGUCAGCAUGGCGGGUAGUGAUAUGAUGGAAAGACGGUCAAGCAAUGUACAUGCAAUCCAUGGAAUUGUUCAAAACAGACAUGUGAUGGCCACACGGCUUGGAUUCAAGAGUUAUGUGGAUCUUGUUUUGGAGAGAACAAUGGCAGGGAGUAUGGAUAAUAUUGUCAGCAUUCUAGACAUGAUAAAAAACAAAUUGUAUGACAUUGUAAAAUAUGAUUUGGAGACGCUGAAAGAAUUUUCAAACAAACCACAGCUGGAACAUUGGGAUGUAGAGUACUACCGCAAUUUACAACUGGAGGAGCUUUUCAAUCUGCAGGAAUUGCGAUAUUUUUGUGAUUACUUCCCCUAUACCAAAUUCCGAGACAGUUUCUUUCAGUUAUGUACAAAACUGUUUGGUAUAACCUUUCAGGAAAGAAAUGACUGCAGUACUUGGCACGAGAAUGUUGAAGUAUUUGAUAUAUUAGAAGAAGAUGGUACAGUUGCAGGAACAAUAUACAUAGACCCGUAUGCCAGGGAUGACAAAUUGGAUCGUUCAUAUUAUGAGAUGGGAAGAGACAGAAGUGCUGUUGCUGAAACCACACCUUUGACCUAUGUUUCUCUGAGAAUUAAUCCAUCAUAUGAUCAGUCUAAGCCCAGUGUAAUGCAGUUUGAUGAUAUUCAAAGUUUUAUCAUGAAUCUGGGAUGUGCCCUUCAGUGUAUUCUGUCCAGGGCUCCAUACAGUGAGAUGUCUGGAAACAGGCACAUGGAGCCAGAUGCCCAGAAGAUUGUUCCAUAUACACUUCUAAAUGUGAUUCAGAUCCCAGAAGUGUUCAAAUCCCUCAGCAGCCACCACUCGUCAGGUGUUGAGAUCCCAGACGAGCAGUUGAAUUCAAUGAUAGGAGCUCAAGAACACAUGCAGGCAAUUGAUGUUCUGAAUGAAGCUUUUAAAAGUGCCCUGGAUCUAGAGUUUUACCUGGAAGAAACAAGAGGGACAUUUAUUAAGACGCCAGAGUCUACACCUGACCAAUACAACAGACUAUAUAAAGAGUUCAUCCCAAUGCCUCUCCAUCCAAAAGACGAGAGAUUUUGUACAUUUCAUGACAUUUUCAUAGGAGGGAGAAGCUGUUUAUACUAUGCAGAAAUCUGGAGCAAGAUGGUAGCAGCUGAUGCAGCCUCAGCUUUCAAAGAGGUUCUUCAUGACGAGCAAAAACUAGCUCUUGUUGGAAAACGUUUCAAGGACACCUACUUGACAAUGGGAGCCGCUGUUGAUCCCAAGACCGUGUUUAGAACUUUCAUGGGAAGAGACCCUACCCCAGAACCUUUUCUGGCAAAAUUUGACAAUAGGAAAGCUAUUGCAACUGAAGAAUGACAAAUGGCGAAUUCCAAAUGUUAGUUUUUGUGAUUCAACUGCAAGGAUAAAGAAUUGUUUGGUCUGGCCCUCUGGUACCAUGAACUGUAUAUAAGCCUAAGAUAGUUCUGUACAAUUCUGAUGGAAUGGAUUUGUUGUGAAAAAAGAAUUUAAAACUGAGACGUGUAACAUUAUUUAUUGAAGAUAAAUAAAAGUAGUACAUGCAUCUGUAUGUCAAUAACAGA